GAGUCACUUCCAGCAUGAAGAUGAAGCUCUGUCGCGUUCAACAACAAAAAAAAGGGCUCACCUGUGCCCUCCUGCCCACUGGAGAUGUUGCUGUAGUCAGCUGCUCCGCUAAUGAUUGACGGAUCCUCCCAGGCUGCUCCAGCUAACCUCCCUGGGGAAGAAAAGUCAAAGACUCCAUGCAACACUGCUCGGCGAGACAAGUCAAGGUGUGCAUGUGUAUCAUGACCCGCUGGUUGACGCUGCUGGCGUGCGCGGCACUGUCCGCGUGCGCGUCCGGCAAGCCCAACGCGGGCUUGAAGACGUGGACGCGGUUCAACAAACUUCCCUACCCGGGCGACAAAGCCUUCCUGUACGACACCUUCCCCCCGGGCUUCAUGUGGGCUGUGGGCACGGCGGCCUACCAGGUGGAGGGCGCCUUCGACAAGGACGGCAAAGGGCUGUCCAUCUGGGAUACCUUCACCCGCGGGGGGAACCGCAUGGCGACGGGAGACGUGGGCAGCGACAGCUACCACAACAUCCCCGCUGACAUUCGCGCUAUCCGGCAGUUGGGCGUCAGCCACUACCGCUUCUCGCUGUCCUGGUCCAGGAUCUUCCCCAACGGGACCCGGGGCAGCUACAACGAGGCUGGGGUCCACUACUACCGCACCCUCAUCAGGAGGCUGAAGGAGGCGCGGGUGGAGCCGGUGGUCACCCUCUACCACUGGGACCUCCCAGAGAACCUCCAGCAGAGACUGGGCGGCUGGAGCAGCCCGGUCAUGGUGGACAUCUUCCGGGACUACGCCGACUUCUGCUUCCAGGCUUUUGGAGAUGACGUCAAGCUGUGGAUCACCAUCGAUAACCCGUUUGUGGUGGCCCGUCACGGCUACGGCACUGGUGUGGUCGCCCCCGGCAUCAAGAACGACCCCGACCUGCCCUUCAGAGUGGGACACAUUCUACUUAAGGCCCAUGCGGCCGUCUGGCACCUCUAUGAUCGCCAUUACCGUCCUCACCAACAUGGCCGUCUGUCCAUGGCGCUGGCGUCUCACUGGGUCAGACCGAGCCACAUGCGUCUGGAGAGCCUCCGCAAGUGUCAGUGUUCCCUGGACCAUGUGCUGGGCUGGUUCGCCAGGCCGCUCUUCACGGACGGCGACUACCCACCCUGCAUGAAGGCCCGCUUGGGACAAAGGCUUCCCUCCUUCAGCGAGGAGGAGCGCGCUCUCGUGAGGGGCACGGCCGACUUCUUCGCACUGUCUCACGGCGCCGCCCUCAGCUUCCAGCUCAUCAACGACAGCCUCAAGUUUGGUCAGCAGGAGGAUCUGGACCUCAGGAUGCUGCUCUACUGGGUCAGCGCCGAGUACGACAAACCUGCCAUCUUUGUGGUGCAGAGCGGGUGGUACGUACUGGGCAGCACCAAGACCAAAGACCCCAAGCACAUGUACUACCUCAAGAGAUUCAUCGCCGAAGCCCUCAAAUCCAUCAUGAUGGACGGCGUCAACGUGAUUGGCUACACGGCGUGGUCGCUCAUCGAUGGCUUCGAGUGGCAUCGUGAGUACGGGAUCAGACGAGGACUUUACUACGUGGACUUCAACACUCCUGACGUCAAGAGAGAACCCAAAACCUCAGCCACCUUCUACAGGAACGUUAUCCAGAGGAACGGCUUCCCAGAGCUUCCAGAGAACCGUCCGGCACAAGGCGUGUUCCCGUGUGACUUUGUGUGGGGCGUCUCUGCCAACUCCAUCCAGGUGGAGACCACGCCCAGCCAGUUUGCAGACCGCAGCGUGUACGUGUGGAACAUCUCCAACAACGGAGAGCUGAUCAGGCUGGACGGCCUCAAAGCGCCACCUAUGCGCCAACACCCACACUGCGCUGAUUAUGUCAGCAUACGUCAGCAGGUGGAAGAGAUCCAGGAGGUGGGCGUGACCCACUUCCACUUCUCCCUCAACUGGUCGGCGCUAGUGCCCACGGGCGACGUGACCCGGCCCAACAGAACCCUGCUGGCGUACUACCGCUGCUUCAGCCGACAGCUGUUGCGUGCCAACAUCACGCCCGUGGUUACUCUGUGGCACCACACGCGCCAGUGCAGCAGCCUGCCCAUGAGACUCCAUGCCGCCAAUAGGUGGCUCAACAGGGAGACUCCAGAGUUGUUCGCCGAGUACGCCCGGCUGUGCUUCCGAGAGCUGGGUGUGCACGUGAAGAUGUGGAUCACGCUCAACGAGCCCAAUGAUGAGAUGGUGAGCUACCAGGAAGCCCAUCAGAUGCUGCGUGCGCACGCUCUGGCCUGGCGCGCCUACGACCGCGACUUCAGACCCGCCCAGGGCGGUCAGGUGUCUCUGGCCCUGCACAUGGACUGGGUGGAGCCGGCCUUCUCGUUCAGCCGCGAGGACGUGGAACCGGCCAAACGGGUUCUGGACUUCCGGGUGGGCUGGUUUGCAGAGCCCAUCUUCGGCAGCGGGGAUUAUCCCCUGGGAAUGAGGAGCUGGCUCCGACAACUCAACUCACUCGAACUUCCCGUGUUCAACGAGGAGGACAAGCAGCUGGUCAGAGGAACCUACGACUUCUUCGCCAUUAGCCACUUCAGCACCAAACUGGUGACGCACGCCAAGGAGGACUCGUACACGUACACAUCCAUGCUGGAGGUCCAGCACAUGAUCGACACCACGUGGAUCAUGUCACCCAGGCCCGUGGUGCCGUGGGGGCUGAGGAAGGCGCUCAACUGGGUGAAGGAGCACUACCCUGACGUGUCCGUCUACGUGAUGGCCAAUGGCGUCCAAGAGGACCCGGCCCGCUUUAAGGACAGUCUGAGGGUCUUCUACCUGUACAACUACAUCAACGAGGCCCUCAAAGCGUUCACCCUGGACGGCGUCAACCUGAAGGGCUACUUCGCCUACGCCCUGAGCGACCAGCGUGACCCGGGCUUUGGGCUGUACGGCAACGUGCAGGACGAGGUGGUGGUGAAAGCCUCGCUGUCCAACUAUCGCAACAUCAUCCAGCACAACGGCUUCCCUGUGCAGGGGGUGGCGGCCCAGAGUUGCCCCAGCACACCCCGGGCGUGCCCGGGCUGCAGUGUGCUGGUCAAGCGGCCCGUGGUGGGCUUCCUGAUGCUGGUGGGCUCGGCUGUGCUGGUCACGCUAGGCCUCGUCCUCUACUACACCAAGAGACGUAAAGACGCUUACUGAUGAUUGACAGCUCUUCUGAUGGACACCUGCUCAGCUCGUGCAUCACCUCUUUGAAGGAGGUCUCACUCUUGCGUAGAUUUAGAAGACUUUUUGUCGUGUUGUGUAUCGUUUGGUGGUAAAUAAACCAGCUGUUAAUAUUA